UCAAUGGAUCUUCUUUCCAAGGCGUACGCAACGGCUUCCGACGACGACGACGACGUUGACGAUAGUAAAGGAUCCAGAACCUGGAAUUCCUUGCCGCCGCCGCCGCCGCCGCCGCUUCAACACAAGCGGUCGAGGCCUGAAGUAUUACUUGAACAGCCGAUGCCAGUUUAUCGAUGUCCUCUCCCUCCCGAAGCUCCGAUGCCAGGAAGAUACAUAUCGAAGCGACAAAGAGCAGCCCUUUCUGUCGAUUCAACCGUAGCUGAGAAAAACCUGACCACGCAAAAUCCUUCGCCAGGAAGUCUUUUGGAUUCUGAUGUACCGCACAGUAUCUUGAAGAUAUUGAGGCAUCAUGUUAAGGGUGGUGUAGUUUCGAACCAGACACCUCAGGAAUUUUCUGCAGCUCUCAAUGGACACACAAAGGCUGUCAAUGCUGUGCAGUGGUCUGGAAGUCAUUCUCAUCUUAUUGCAUCCGCGGGAAUGGAUCAUACUGUUCGCAUAUGGAAUGUGUGGAGUAGUAGUAAAAGGCAGGCACGUAUAUUAAAUUGCCACAAUGCGGCAGUGAAAGAUGUGAUCUGGUCUCCACAAGGAUUGUCUGUGCUCUCGUGUGGCUAUGAUUGCACAUCAAGGUUGGUUGAUGUUGAAAAGGGAAUAGAGACUCACGUUUUCAAGGAGGAUCAAGUUGUUGAAGUUGUAAAAUUUUCACCAAACAACUACAAUUUAUUCCUCUCAGGUGGAUCAAAGGGUCGCCUUAAACUGUGGGAUAUUAGGACUGGCACUGUGGUGCAUGAAUACAUACGUAAUCUAGGCCCAAUCCUUGAUGUAGAGUUCACAGUUGAUGGCAAGCAUCUAAUUACAUCAAGUGAUGUGUCGAGAAGUAACCUCAGUGAAAAUGCAAUCUUAGUUUGGGAUGUAUCGCGCCAAGUUCCACUGUCAAAUCAGGUCUAUGCAGAAGCGUACACAUGCCCAUGUAUACGACGCCACCCAUUUGAGCCAUAUUUCAUUGCUCAAUCCAAUGGGAAUUACAUGGCUAUAUUCUCCACCCGAGCCCCCUACAAACUAGACAAGUACAAGAGAUACGAAGGUCACGGCGUUUCAGGUUUCCCUAUCAAAUGCAAUUUCAGUUUGGAUGGAGAAGUUGUAGCCUCCGGAUCCAACGAUGGAUGCAUCUACUUCUAUAACUCCAAAACGUCCAAACUUAUGAAAAAGGUCAAGGCCUUUGAACAAGCAUGCAUAGAUAUCGUAUUCCACCCUAUUUUGCCCGACAUCGUAGCUUGUUGUAGCUGGCAAGGAGAGGUCUCGGUUUUCCACCAAAAACUGAAGUAACACUCGGAAGGUGUGACCGUCAACCAGCCCCAUUCCUCAGCUGUAAAAUGAUCUACUAAAGUAACUUCAAAAGGGGCCGGAUUUCUGACAUACAGUGACUAUUAAUUGGUGCUGUUUAUAACAUGGGGAUUCUUGAAGUUCCGAAGCUGUGGUUCGAGAUGCACCAAGUAUGUAUUACUAUAGCCUUUCUUCGGCUUGCUAUCUGCUUCUGCCACGUGUUAAAAAUGUUCCUUGAGACAGGACAGCAGUAUCCCAUUAAUAAUCGGCCAUGUUUUUAUGCAUCCAGGGUCUACACCUCAUGUGGUAGAUUGAUCAUAAUUGCCAUCUCCUCCAUGGAUUGUCAGCUGUCAGAUGAAAGAGUUCUGGAAAUGCUUCUUCAUUUAACUGGGAAUGGUAGUUCUUGGUUUUUUUUUUCUUUUUUAUUUAAAGUUGUAGUAAGUUCUAUUUGGUUCAUUUGGUAAUAGUGUGCGAUGUGAUCUAAGCUCGCAUAUCAUUAUCUUGUGAAAAAUUGGUGAUGGGAAGGGGUGGG